AUGAUGUGGACGACAACUGUCCUCCUGAUGGUUUUACCUCAUCUGCUUUCCUCCACAACCACAGGAAUCAGCACUGAUUUUAACCAAUCAGUGACAGUCAGUGAGGAGUUCUCUGACCCUCCUGUCAAAGGCCAGAAACCUCUUGGAGGGAGCAAAGGUCGUGAAACAUGCUCUAUCCCCUGUGAUGUCACCGUGAAGCUGCUACGAGAUGAGAAACAUUCAGUCUGUGGCCAGUUACAGCAGUCUCUGUUGGCGUUUGGGCGCAGCACCCGGAAGCUAAUCAGGGAUGUGAUGGAGGAGCAGCAGAGAGCGCUGGACACCCUCGGUGCUCAGGUCACAGAGCUGAUGACCAAAGUGCAGACGCUCAGCUCCGAGGUUCAGAGAAGCAACACUGAGAUGUACGCCGUCAAACCUGUGCAGUCCCAUGGACGAGACUGCAGUGACAUCAAAGACAACCUUGAGUCAGUUGUCCCUAAGAUCCCCAGUGGUAUUUACAUCGUCCACCCAGAGAAUACUGACUCUUCAUUUGAGGUAUUCUGUGAGAUGGAUUAUAUGGGAGGUGGAUGGACGGUGAUCCAACGGAGGACAGAUGGACUUACUGACUUCAAACGACCCUGGUCUGAUUACACUGACGGCUUUGGACACCUUGCAGGAGAGCAUUGGCUGGGCCUGAAGAAGGUAUUUCAUAUAGUAAAUCAGAAAGAUACUCGGUUCCAACUUCACAUUGCUCUGGUCUCCAAUGAUGACGUCAUCUCUUAUGCAUCGUAUGAUGAUUUCCGCCUGGACAGUGAAACACAGUUCUUUGGUAUACACCUGGGCAGAUAUGCAGGCAGUGCAGGUGAUGCUUUUCGAGGCUACGACCAGGACCAGAACCAGGACACGGCCCCGUUCAGCGCCUCAGAUGUGGACAACGACGGCUGCAAUCCAUUCUGCUCCAUUGGCAACCGCACGGUGGAGAGCUGCAGCACUCAGCACAACCAGACAGGAUGGUGGUUCAACCAGUGCGGCCUGGCAAACCUCAACGGCUCUCCAGAAGAUGAAGAGCAGAACCAGGGGCAAAGGACACACAUCCUGUGGGACACCUGGAGACAGAAUGGAGUUGCUCGCACCAUCAAAUCUGUCACUAUGAAGAUCAGGAGGAUUGUGACCAAUAAUUGAUGGAGGAGAAGAAAUUGUUAUUGUAUAAGUUGCUUUGCA